AUGGCACCUACCCACGACAGCCCCUCGGGUUCCGACACGGGGAACCCUAGCCCCUAUAAUGACCGGCCCCUGUUCCGCUAUGCUACCCUACUCGCAAUCCGGACCCUGCGGGCAAUGCGACCCCGGACGGGUAGCGUUCUCAUGCUGACCGAUCGCCUAUGCGUCAAGUAUGGCCAAGGGGUGCACUUAGCCGAGGCGUCCACCAUGCGCUUCAUCCAGGAAAACACCUCCCUCCCCGUCCCCAAAGUCGUCUGCGCGUUCACCCACCACGAUCAAACCUACAUCGUGAUGGAGCGCAUUGACGGCGAGAUGAUCGGGUCGGGCUGGACCUCCCGCAGCGACAAGUCGAAAAGUCGACUGCUCGACCAGCUGAAAUCUAUGGUCGCGGAGCUGCGACAGCUGCAGCCGCCGGCCGGGAUGGGCGUCGCGUCUGUAGAGGGCGGGUCGCUCUUUGAUGUCCGGAUCCAUCCGUCUAUGCGGUUCGGCCCGUUUGAUGAUGUAGAGGGGUUUCAUGGGCAUUUGCGAACUGGGCUGCAUCUGAAUGCUGGUCUGGAUCCGGAGAUCCAGACCUUGAUUGAAUUGCAGAGCCGCACGUGGCCGUUGAAGCUUACGCAUGGCGAUCUGAGCAGUCUGAACAUUUUGGCCCGCGGGGAUGAUAUUGUGGGCAUUGUUGACUGGGAGAAUGCGGGCUGGUUGCCUGAGUACUGGGAGUAUACUUCAGCUUGCCAGGUCAAUCCGCAGAAUUCGUUCUGGAUUGAGGAGGUCGACAAGUUCCUGACCCCGAUGCCGCGGGAGUUGGAGAUGGAACGUCUCCGCCAGAAGUACUUUGCAGAUAUGGCCUAA